GGCACUAUACGCAAUGGAAAGGGGGCGCGCCCGACUUAAAGCCGCGCGUUGUGUCCUGUGUUGAUGUGUCGCAGAUUUUAAAAAGUGAGCGAGGCAGGCAGCUGGAGUUUUGGAGCGAGAGAGAGAGACAGAGAGAGAGAGGAGGGUGAAAGCGCAGAGGCUUCAGCAACCAAAAACAACUCAUCACACCGGAGGAAGGAAGGAAGCCACCACUAAGAGCUUUUUACCUCCAGCUUGCUCCUUUUUCAACUAUUUUUUAUUCUAAAUUUCAGCACACAUCCAGUUUGUGUCCUAUUUGGAGCGUGUGGAGCUGCGCGCAGUGAUGGAGCUGUCAUCAAUAGGAGACCAAGUGUUUGCAGUUGAGUCAAUAACAAAGAAGAGAGUGAGAAAGGGUAAUGUGGAGUAUCUACUGAAAUGGCAGGGAUGGCCCCCAAAGUGCAGUACUUGGGAACCAGAGGACAAUAUUUUGGACCCGCGCCUGGUCCUGGCCUACGAAGAGAAUCAGGAGAAGAUCAGAGCUCUGGCCUAUCGCAGGAAAGGUCUCAGACCCAGGAGACUCGUCCUGCGGAACAUCUUUGCCAUGGACCUCCGCAGUGCCCACAAGGAGAAGCCUCCCCCUCGCUUGCGUCUCUCCCUCACACGUGCCAUGAGCACAGAUGUGGACCAGGGCGAGCGGGGCAGCAUGUACCGCCGCCCAGCCUGGAGGAAGAGCAAGCAGAGGGCAUCCAAACGCGGGCCAUUGGGACCCUCGCACAAAACCAUCCGUCAACUGAGGAAGAAGGACGAGCCCAUGGAGGAUGACUGGUGCGGCACCAGCGAAGAGGAGAAGCAGGAGUCUGAAAGCGCCGCGGAGGAGAGACGUGAAGACAGUUUAUAUGGUCCAUCAGAGUGCAGCUCUCCACCUUUGCUGGAGCGACAGGACUUAGAGAUAGAGGUGGAGGAGAAGGUGGACGCUGAGCUGACAGUGGUAGGCACAGAAACGUGGACAGACAGCGGGACGGUUGAAACAAGACAGAACCAGACAUUUGUAUGUGACCAAUCAAAGGCCGGACCAGGAGAUGCGGUUACCGCCAGUGACAGGUCAGAUUGGUACAGAUCGGGUGAGGAGGAGGAGGAGGAGGAAGAGGAGGAGCAGGAGGAGAAGGCUGUGGAGUCAGUGUCAGAGUGCCCCACGUUAGAGAGCAGCGUUUGUCAGAGCAUCAACAACACAACCUCGGUGAUAGUGAGCGUUCAGGGGAGCAGCAAGACGGCAGGUGACACCGCCGUCGCCACCGAAGUCUGCUCCGCCGUCUGCUCCGCCGCUGAGGUGUGGAAAGAGGAGGUGCGAGGCGACAAUCAGAGCGUUACCACGGCGACGCAGGCAGCAGAGCAUCCCGAGAAGGUGAUUGUGACGAACGUGACUAUCAACUCUCUGACGGUGACUUUUAAAGAAGCCACGGUGGCUGAAGGCUUCUUUAAGGGCUAUUGAACGAUGACAAAGAGAGACGGAGGGAGCUCAAGAUAACCAUGAUUAGACUUACCACUCAUUUUGUACGUGUAAAUAGUCGUGUAUGUAAGAUAAUUCAACAUGUUUACAAAGCUACACUCAUUUCCUACUGAGUUCAAUGAAGACAUUAUUGCCUUUUGAGUAAAAAAAAAAAGAAAAGAAAAAAUGAGUGGUAAUUUUAUCAUUGUGGCUCAUUUAUUAGGUGUGAUAGGAAGCCUGAGGCCCCACUAAAUGUGCUCAUUGCAAUCCAGGAGACUAAAUGGAUCUCAGUGGCAGGUUUCAUUCCCGGGGCCGCUGGGUUUUUACAGACAGAUGGUGAGACAGUCCAAAAAUGUUACAGUACACGUUACUACUUCCAUGCAGUUACUUUUUCCAGUCGUCCUCAGUGCUUUUCAGCCACAUAGUUUUGGUCUCGCACUCAGAUCUGUUCUCCUCGGGCCUGUUUCAGUCGCUCCUCUUUCUUACGAAUAACAUUUUGUAAAGGUAUUGCCCUCUUCUUCUUCUUCCUCUUCUUUUUAUUCUGUGUUUUGUUUUUUUCAGUAUUUCUCACGAAGCUAACCGCAUGCCCUGUCAGUCUGUGCCACACAUGCACAAAGCUCUGUCCUGUGGUUUGUUGAAGAGGGUUUAUUUCUGUCACAAAAGAAAUAAAACAAAGACAGAGAAACCGAGAGAGAGAGAGAGAGAAUUAAUGCUUUCCGCCGCUUAGAUGCCGUUCUGCGUUUCAUGGAGGAUGGAUGCACUAAAAAAAAAGUAAAAAAAAAAAAAAAGUACACAGUUGUGUUUGCCGUCUGUCUGUCUGUCCUUUUACUUUUCAAGUAUGAAAUGCUGCCUGGUUCUAUUUUUGUAUUACCAAUUGAUAGUCCACUCUUUUCACUAGCCUUGUGCAUUCCAAAAGAGGCGAUAUCAGUUGACACUGCCGCCGUUACGCCGUGUAAGGUAAUGUGCAAAAAAUGGAAGCAAAAUGUACAUUAGGUCAGACUGUAGUGAGCUAUUAUUUAUUGCAUGUCACAUGUAUAAGCUUAACUAACUUAUGUCACUUAAAUGUGUCUGAAUCAGUCACUCUAUGGCAACGAUAACUUGUCGAACAUGUCUUCUCUCUGAAAAUGAAUUUUUAUUUUGAUUGCAUUUCCAAUAAAUAUGUACAAAAACAAAAA